CUGGAGCGGCGUGCUGGGUUUGCCCGUGGCUUCGCUCUGAAGCAUGUGGCUGCUCGGUCGGAUUGCAGAAUGUUGGUUGUGUUUGUAGCAGGUGACACGUGUCUGGUGGCAACUGAGAUGGUUUUUUGCGUUACAGAACGGCCAUGUUCAGCUCUAGCGCCAAGAUUGUGAAGCCUAAUGGCGAGAAGCCAGAUGAGUUCGAGUCUGGUAUAUCCCAGGCUCUGCUGGAGUUGGAAAUGAACUCUGACUUAAAGGCUCAGCUACGGGAGCUGAACAUCACAGCAGCUAAGGAAAUUGAAGUGGGUGGUGGCAGAAAAGCCAUCAUUAUCUUUGUACCAGUUCCUCAGCUCAAAUCCUUCCAGAAGAUUCAGGUGCGGCUAGUUCGUGAGCUGGAGAAGAAAUUCAGUGGAAAGCAUGUGGUGUUCAUUGCUCAGAGAAGGAUUCUGCCCAAGCCAACGAGAAAAAGCCGCACAAAAAACAAGCAAAAGCGUCCCAGGAGCCGUACACUUACUGCAGUGCACGAUGCUAUUCUUGAAGACCUGGUGUUCCCAAGUGAAAUUGUGGGCAAGAGAAUCCGUGUAAAACUGGAUGGCAGCAGGCUUAUAAAAGUCCAUCUGGACAAGGCACAACAGAACAAUGUUGAACACAAGGUGGAAACAUUUUCUGGUGUCUACAAGAAGCUCACAGGCAAAGAUGUGGUGUUUGAAUUUCCAGAAUUCCAGCUGUAAAGUGCAAAAAAUGGCUGAAUAAACAACUGUUCAUAUAACAGAG